AUGUCGAACAGGAUGAUGUUCCGGGCAUCGAACCGGCGGCAGCCGCUGCUGCAGAGGCGGCCGUCGAAGCUGACGACGCGCGUGGGGGAGGUGGUCGGAGGCACGGCGGCGGAGUGCGUGGCGGUGUGCUGUUGCGUCCCCUGCGGCGUGGCAAAUUUCCUGGUGUUGGUAAUCUACAAGGUGCCGGCGGAGCUGUGCCGGCGAAUGCUGAGGCAGCGGCGGCACAGGAAGAUUGCUAAGGAGAAGCUGCUUAAACCCACGCGCAGCCACUGCUCUUGCGGGUGCUGCGAGGAUAUUAACGGGUCGCGGAUAUACCCCUUGUGCGCCAACGACGCGUUUGACAUCGAACGCCUCCACUCGCCGGAGCCAGAUAGCGACGACGAUACACUCGCUCUGGAGAAAGAGAUGUGGGACCAGUUUUACAGCACUGGCUUUUGGAGAAGCUCUUCUAACAGAGAAAAGAGAGAACCCUCGCUAACGCAAACGCAAUCGCACUCUUCCAAUGUUGUUCUCCAACCAAGCCUCUUUGCUUGA